UACAUAACGUAAAUCAAUUGAUUUCAGAAUUCACAGUGAAAGAGAUACAGAUUGUUCGUAAGCAUACACAUGUCACGCAAACUCAUUCAUUGGGCGGAUCAUCUCAUCGUCACUGUCGGCACUCCAAUUCAUACCAGACCAAGUUAGAUUAGAAAAGAGAUGGAUUGGAGUCUUCACCAGCGAGUUGAGUCAUGGAUCAGAGAGCAAAGAACGAAGAUUAGCUGGGCCGUGAAAUGGCCUGUGGUUGUGAUCAAUUGGCCCUGGACCAAUGGGCAGCAACAGAGGAAGCGGAUCAAGGAGGAGUUUGAGAAGAGGAAGAGGCAGCUCGUCAAAUUGUGUCACGCUGUUAAGGCGGAUUCGCUUUCGGAUUUGCAGGAUAUUUUGUGCUGCUUGCUGCUUUCCGAGUGCGUUUAUAAGAGACCUGACACUGAACUGCUUCGAUCUGUGAACAAAUUCAAGGCCGACUUUGGGAGUCAAAUUGUUUCUAUUGAGCGUGUUCAACCUUCUUCAGAUCAUGUUCCUCACAGGUAUUUAUUGGCUGAGGCAGGGGACACACUAUAUGCUUCUUUUAUUGGAACCAAGCAGUACAAGGAUGUCAUGGUUGAUGCAAACAUACUUCAAGGUGCCAUAUUUCAUGAAGAUGAUGAAGAUCAUGAUGGGUCUAAAACUUCUGAAUCUGUUGAGGUGGAUAAUCAAAAUAAAAAUGCUGCUGAUACGAAUAUCCACGGAGUGAGGCAACUAAAAUCCUCUGUUAAACCAGCUGCUCAUCGGGGGUUCAUGGCUCGUGCCAAAGGGAUACCGGCGCUGGAGUUAUAUAGGCUGGCCCAGAAAAAAAAGAGAAAACUUGUGCUUUGUGGGCAUUCACUCGGUGGAGCUGUUGCUGUUUUGGCUACACUAGCUAUUUUAAGGGUCAUUGCAGCUUCCUCUUCAACAAAAGAAUAUGAGAAGGUCCAGGUCAAGUGUAUCACAUUUUCCCAGCCUCCAGUAGGAAAUGCUGCCUUACGAGACUAUGUUAACAGAAAAGAUUGGCAACAGUACUUUAAGACUUACUGCAUUCCUGAAGAUCUUGUACCCCGUAUACUAUCCCCUGCAUACUUUCAUCACUACAAUACGCAAACACCUACAGUUCGUGCUAAUGGUGAUGAUGAAACCUCUUCUGUUUUAUUACCAAAAAGUGAUGAUAAAUUGGAUAGCAAAAAACCAGAAAAACUAAGAGAAUCUAAUGGAGAGCAGUUAGUACUGGGUAUGGGCCCUCUGCAGAGCUCCUUUUGGAGACUUUCAAAGCUUGUACCAAUAGAGGCCGUUAGAAGACAUAUAUAUAGGUUUAAAGAGAAAUCCGAAGAUCCUACAGAAAUGUCCUUUUCUAUUGAUCCUUCUCGAGCAUCUUCCAUUGAAGAUGUGGUGGCUGCACCACAAUCUCUCGAGAUCCAAGAAGAUUCUGAUGGAAUUUCUCUGACACCCAUUUCUGAAAAGAAUAGAGAGGGAAGUAAAACUGAAAGGUCAUCUGGGAAAAAUUAUAGAGCUGGAGGGGAUAUUAGAACAUGGCGUAGAGUGCCAUAUCUGCCUUCAUAUGUACCUUUUGGACAGCUUUACUUAUUGGGGAGCUCGUCGGUGGAGGCACUGUCUGGUGCAGAAUAUUCAAAGUUGACAUCGGUUAAAUCAGUAAUAUCCGAAUUAAGGGAACGGUUACAGUCACAUUCAAUGAGAUCAUACAGAUCGAGAUUUCAGAGAAUCUUUGAUGUUUGCAUGAAUGAUAGUUUUUCAACUUUUCUGGGGAUAGAUCAGCUACAGCAAUUUCCUCAGCUACAGAAAUGGAUAGGUAGUUCUGUUGCUGGUAGUGUUGAGCUUGGGCAUAUUGUGGAGUCUCCUGUCAUUCGCACAGCAACUUCUGUUGCUCCUCUAGGAUGGAAUGGUAUUCCUGGUGAUAAGAAUUCCGAUGCUUUGAAAGUUGAUAUUACUGGUAUUAGGUUGCAUCUCUGUUCGCUGGUCCAAGCUCGAGUGAAUGGUAUCUGGUGCUCAACCACUGUGGAAUCUUUUCCUCCUGAACCAACUUGUACUACUAAUCAUCAUGAACUGAAGCCAGAUAUACAAAGCAUAAGGAUAUUGGUAGGGCCUCCUCUAAAACGGCCUCCAAAGAACCAGAGGUUGAUCGAUUCAUUAUUAUCAAAAUUUUCUUCAGCUGAUUCAAAUUCUACCAAUCUAAGAAGUGACCAGAAUAUCCGUGCAUCUCAUUUAGGGAAGAUCAUCUGCCCUCAAGGUUUAGAUGAUGUUGUUGUCUUUUGUACUACUGAUUUUUCAACCAUCUUUAAAGAGGUCCAUGUUAGAACUCGCAGGGUGCAACUCAUUGGUCUUGAGGGUGCUGGUAAAACUUCUCUUCUCAAGGCAAUACUGGCCAAGGGCAGGCUUCCCGCUGCUGCUCGUGCUGAAGAUGCACAUACGGAAAUUGUUGAAGAAGGUGUUUCUGGUGGUCUGUGCUACUCAGAUUCAGCAGGAAUAAAUCUGCAGGAUCUGAGUAAGGAGGUCUCUUCUUUCAGGGAUAAGCUAUGGUUGGGAGUUCGCGAUCUUAGUAAAAAAAUAGACUGUAUUGUUCUUGUGCAUAAUCUAUCUCAUCAAAUUCCACGAUGCAGUCAUGCAAAUGCACAGGAACAACCGGCGCUCUCCCUUCUACUAGAUGAGGCCAAAGCACUUGGAGUCCCUUGGAUUUUGGCAAUAACUAAUAAAUUUUCUUUAAAUGCGCAUCAGCAAAAAGCAGCAGUGGACGCUAUCCUACAAGCAUACCAAGCAUCUCCCAGUAGAACUGAAAUUAUUAAUUCAUGUUCAUAUGUUGUACCCAGUGUUGCAAAUACUACACCGUCCGGACUUUCUACUGAGAGAGAUUCUGAUGCCAAGUUGGCUGCUCUGAAUCUUAUUUUUGCUCCAAUAAAUUUGGUUCGUAAGCCUUUUCAAAAGAAAUCGGCCAGCCUUCCUGUUGAGGGCGUGAGCGCUCUUUGUCGGAUUGUUAAACGUGUUCUUCGGGACCACGAGGAAGCUGCUUUGCAGGAACUUGCUAGAGAUAGACUUUUGUUGGAGUCUGCCCGGGAACAUGCAGUUGCUGCGGAUGCAAUUCGGGAAGCACAGGCGAGGGCUAAUUCUUUGACUGCGGCAGCAGUGGGGGGUUCUCUUGGUGCUGGUCUUGGCAUUGUUAUGGCUAUUGCUCUGGGUGCUGCAUCUGCCUUGAGAAAACCAUGAUCUUUUUGCUCCGUAGCCUUGAGGGAAAUUGCUUCUAAUCUUAACUAGUUUCUAUGCAGGCGUGGACUAUGUCAGCUCUAAUGCUGAAUCUGUGUGGUUAUAAUCACAAGUUAUAACCACUUCUAAUAGUGAUAGUGUAUUUUUAGGUUGUAAUCUACCAUUUUUUUUUUUCAUUUAAUUCUUCUAGAUUUCUAUAGAGUGGAGUAUUCCAACUCUUUUUAAGUAUCCUGUAUAUAUAUAUGUACAAUUUUGGUAAAGUUUAUUAUCUCUGUGAAGACGUCGCAAGACACUGUAUUGUACUAUCAAUAUACUUAUAUAAAGAAGAAGCGAGGGGCGUGUAGGUGGCGCCUCUCAUAUCUUUCUGUUC